CCGGCCCACGGGGGGGGGGGGGGGGGGGGGGGGGGCGGCGGGUGUUUUCCACCGCGAGCGGCAGCGUUUCCUGUGUUGCAAGCUGGUAAUUCCCGAGAAUCCAGAGGCGGGCGAUGCUGCCGGGGGCCCUCGCCCUCCCCAGGGCCGUGUGGGCCCCUCCUCGCCUGCCUCUGCCCGCCCCGGGGCUGCGAGCGGGGGCCAGCGGGCGUGUGUCCCCCCCCAAGUUGCGGGGACCCCCCCGAGCUGCCGCAGGGCACUGGCACCCGUGGGUGCAGCCUGGGGGAAUGUGGAUCCCCCGCCGGUGGGUCCUGCCCGGCCUCCCAGUUCAAUGGCGCUGCUGGACCCCAGUUUGCGACUGGAUCCCCAUGCAGCCCCCCCAUGCAGCCCCCCCGGGGGUGGGGCUUUGCGCAGAAGGGGCGGAGCUUUGCGCAGAAGGGGCGUGGCCUGGCAGAGGGGGCGGGCCCGGCUCCACGUGGGCGCCUAUAAAGGCGGCGGCCGAGGCGGCGGGGCUCAGUCGAGGCUCGUCCCCGGCGCCCGCCGCGUCCCCGGCGCCCGCCAUGCCGCAGAGCCUGCGCCUGCCCGCCCGGGCGGCCCUGCUGGGGCGCUGCCUGCCCGAGCCGGGCCCCCCCCGCGCCGCCCCCGCCGCCGCCGCCCGCCGCCCCCGCGGCCUGGCCGAGAUGCCGGGGCCCAGCGCCGCCGCCUUCGCCUACCAGCUGCUCUGCCGCGGGGGCCUCCGGCGUCUCCACGAGCUGCAGGUGGAGGGCCGGGCGCGCUACGGGCCGGUGUGGAAGGCCAGCUUCGGGCCGCUGCUCACGGUGCACGUGGCCGAGGCGGCGCUGGUGGAGCAGGUGCUGCGGCAGGAGGGGCCCCGGCCCGUGCGCUCCCACCUCUCCUCCUGGAAGGACUACCGGGCCUGCCGGGGCCACGCGUGCGGGCUGCUCACCGCGGAGGGCGAGGAGUGGCAGCGCAUGCGCAGCCUCCUGGGCCGGCACCUGCUGCGGCCGCGGGCAGCCGAGGCCUACGCGGGAGCCCUGGACGCCGUCGUGGCCGACCUGCUGCAGCGCCUGCAGCGCCAGCGCGACCGCCACCCCCAGCACCUCAUCCCCGACGUCGCCGCCGAGUUCUACAAGUUCGGCCUGGAAGGCAUCUCCUCCGUCCUCUUCGGCUCGCGCCUGGGCUGCCUGGAGCAGGAGGUGCCGCGGGACACGGAGACCUUCAUCCGCUCCAUCAACACCAUGUUCGUGAUGACGCUGCUCACCAUGGCCAUGCCGCGCGCGCUGCACCGCCUCUUCCCCGGGCCCUGGCGGACCUUCUGCGAGGCCUGGGACUACCUGUUCGCCUUCGCCAAGGGCCACGUGGACCGGCGCGUGGCGGAGGCGGCCGAGCGGCUCUCGCGGGGCGACGCCGUCCAGGGCAACUACCUCACCUACCACCUGGCCCGGGAGAAGGUGCCCAUGAAGGUCAUCUACGGCAACGUCACCGAGCUGCUGCUGGCCGGCGUGGACACGAUCUCCAGCACCCUGUCGUGGAGCCUCUACGAGCUGGCGCGGCACCCCGGGGUGCAGGCGGAGCUGCACCGGGAGGUCGCGGCGGCGCUGGGCGACGGCGGUGCCCCGGCCGCCCGGCUCGCCCGCAUGCCGCUGCUCAAGGCCGUGGUGAAGGAGACGCUCAGGUUGUACCCCGUCAUCCCCGCGAACGCCCGCGUCAUCUCCGACCGCGACAUCCGCGUGGGCGACUACGUGAUCCCCCGCAAGACCCUCAUCACGCUGUGCCACUACGCCACGUCCCGCGACGGGCGGCUCUUCCCGGCGCCCGACGCCUUCCGCCCCGAGCGCUGGCUGCAGCGCCAGCCCGCCCGCCACCCCUUCGCCUCCGUGCCCUUCGGCGUCGGCAAGCGCAGCUGCGUCGGCCGCCGCCUCGCCGAGCUCGAGAUCCACCUGGCGCUGGCGCAGAUCCUGCAGCGCUUCGAGGUGCAGCCCGAGCCCGGCGGGCGCCCGGUGAAGCCCAUGACGCGGACGCUGCUGGUGCCCGAGACGGACAUCAACCUGCGGUUCCUGAGCCGCUGAGCGGGGCCGCGGCCGCCCCCCCUAUUUAACCCCCCCCCCCGGCCCUAUUUAUUGCCCCGAAGGGGAGCCCGCAGGCGGCAGCGGGGAUAUUUAAAGGUUUAUUUAUUGCUCGGCGGAUAAUAAACGGGUUUGUACGGAU